AUGGCAGCAAAAAAGGUAAGCCUGAAGCUUUUCAUAGACAAGAAGGCCCGACGGGUGCUGUUUGCUGAAGUAGACAAGGAAUUUGUUGAUUUUCUCUUUACCAUUUUCACUCUGCCCGUCGGAGCUGUCGUGAGUCUCCUGAAAGAGGGAGGCGGCAUGGCAGGCAGCUUGCCAAGCCUAUACAAGAGCAUUGAAAAUCUAAGAGUUAAUCAUAAAUUCCAACCAGACGAAAGCAAACGCUUUCUGCUAGAACCCAUGGUAUUCAUGCCUGGUGCUAAAGGCCCUCUCCUAUUGCCAAACGUUGGCUCAACACUCCGUCAAUUCUAUAGGUGUUCGCAUAGCUCCUUUCUUUGUGAUUCUUACAUGGCUGAUGAUGAUAGCUCAAUUUGUCCUAAUUGCAAGUCUAAGAUGAACCAGAUCGUAACAUUCAUUGAACCACCGAGCAGGGAAUCCCCUAGUAAGGAAGGUUCCUUGAAAGGGACAUACAUGGUAAUGGAUGAUCUUGAGGUGAAAGCCCUGUCCAACAUUGCUGUUGUCACUCUGGUCAGCAGUUUUAACGUCCAGGAAAUAGGGGGUAUUGAGGAGAAAGUGGUCGAUUUGGGCAUAGAUGAGGGUGUUAAAUUGCUCAGGGCUUGUCUGCAAUCGAAAACUGUACUGACUGAUGUCUUCCUCCCGGCGGCCAAGAGUGUUGCCAAAGUUGAUUCAGCAUGGAAAACGCUGAAUCCUGUAUGGGAAACGUGGAAUCCUGUAUGA